AGUUUUAAGGCAGUUCGUUAAACUGAAGGUGUGCUAGUACACCUAUAGGUACUCUGAGAGCGAUUUGAUGAGUGAAUAAGAAAACUCAUUUUAAUCGUUAUGCGUGAGAAAAUUUUCAUAAUUUUUUGCUCGUUGAGUAUUUUAUUAAAAAUUGAAACAUUUGCUACUGGUACUGAUACUGAAACUGGGAAUAAAAGUUUGAAUCAUUUUCCAGAUGAUUUUCUUUUUGCUGCUUCAACUUCGGCGUAUCAAGUAGAAGGAGCAUGGAAUGUGGAUGGGAAAGGAGUAAAUAUUUGGGAUCGGUACACUCACAAGGAUCCAGAUGUAAUAAAAGAUGGGCAAAAUGCUGACGAUGCUGCCAAAUCAUACUAUUGGUAUAAAAAUGAUUCCGCUCUUUUGAAGGAAUUUAAUUUCCAGAUACACCGAAUGUCUAUAAGCUGGACUAGGAUUUUACCCAAUGGUGACAUGAGUUUUAUUAAUCAAAAAGGAAUCGAUCAUUACAAUCAUGUGAUAGAUGAUCUACUCUGGAAAGGAAUACAACCAAUGGUGAUAAUGUACCAUUGGGAUUUGCCGCAAAAAUUGCAAGAUACGGGAGGUUGGCUGAAUCCGUCAAUUGUUAAAUACAUGGGAGAUUAUGCUGAUCUGCUUUUUAAACACUUUGGUGACCGGGUGAAAUGGUGGAAUACAUUAAACGAGCCUAUAAAUAUUGUAAAAGGUUAUGCCAGUAACAAUACUGUAGCACCUUCGUUAGGCUUAGGUACGCCAGCUGAUUACCAAGUUGUUCAUAAUAUUCUAUUAGCCCAUGGACGUAUUUAUAAUAUAUACAAAAAGAAAUAUAAGAAAUGGCAGAAAGGAAAGAUCAGCAUGACAAUCGAUUACGAAACCUGUUACCCAAAACCGAAUUCGUUGGGGAGUGACUUUGCUGUGGAAAAAUAUUUCCAAUUUAUGGUUGGACUUUUUGCUCAUCCUAUUUACUCAAAAGAAGGAGAUUAUCCGCCUUUGGUUCGCUACAUAGUCAAUGAAAACAGCAAGAAAUAUGGUUUGAAAAAGUCAAGACUUCCAGAAUUCACAAAACAGGAAAAGCUGAAUCUGAUAGGCGCAUUUGAUUACUUUAGUUUCAAUCAUUACACAAGUUUUUUAUGCAGCACGCCCCCUAAUAAUGAAACUGUAGACAACGACAGCUGGUAUUCUAUUUUUAGUGAAGAUUUAAACGUUAAAGUGGAACCAAUACCUUACAAACCUAAGACAGGUGAAAACGAUAUGUAUGUAACUCCAGUUGGAUUCCGAGACGGAUUAAAGAAAAUUUCGCAAGAAUAUUAUUUUCCUAACAUUUUCGUUACUGAAAACGGUUACAGCGACCCGAGCCCAUUGCAAGAUUACAAACGAAUCAUAUUUCAUCAACUUUACCUCGAACAACUUCUCAAAGCGUUGUACUUGGAUGGUUGUAAAAUAAUCGGCUACACUGUGUGGUCUCUCCUGGAUAAUUUCCAGUGGCUAGCUGGAUACACAUCGAAAUUUGGACUAAUACGAGUUGACUUCAAUUCAACAGAGAAGACUAGAACACCAAAAUUAUCAGCUAGUUGGUUCAAAACACUUAUAGACGAUCGAAAAAUACCAGACUUGGAUGACUGGCUGCUUCGAAGUAAUGAAUCUUAGCCCUGAAGGAACAGAAUAUGUACUUAUGGUUCCAUCGUGGAACUCAUUUCAUCAGAUUUGUGAACAGAUCUCAAUGAAUGGGUCUUUUGGGGACCCUUACCCUACGUAGAUACACAUACUUAGUACGUCUACGUACCCUUGGUACAUCUUCUCGAGUUUAACUUUUGUAGUUGAUCUCAAUAAAAUCUACAAACCUACUUCGUAUAGGUGAACAUUUUUCAAUAAUUUCUUCAAAGAUUCAAUGAUUGCGAUUUGAAUCAAUCAAAGAUGUAAAAUGUGUAAUUUGUAGCACUGACGUUAGGUACCUACCUACGUAGGUAACUUAAUAAUGGUUCUGCAUUUCGCAUACACGAUUUGAACAGAAAACACCUGUGAAAAUUUUCAAAACAUAUGAAAACUACCUACCUACUCAAGAAUUUAAUUUUUUAUUUAAAAUUAAAAAAACUGUAAAUCAA